CAUGCAUGUAAAGAAUUCGUAAACAAAAUUAACAAUAUUGUUCAUUUUAUUAAACUUUGGUAUUAGAUAAAAUACCUAAGUCACUUCCUUGGGUUAAAUAGAAGUUUCCAUUUUAAGUAAUUUUUUACUGGUAGAGUUUCAGAAAAAAACUAGAAAACAAUUCUUUGCAACUAAUGGCACUGCCUGCUUCAAAAAUUGAUCAAAUAUUGCAGAAUUUUAGCUCUUCCGAAGAUGAUGAGCUAGACCAACUAGAAGAUAACGAAGAGUUGUGCGAAAGUGAUGUCUCUGAUUAUCUACUUGGCAAGAAGAAUAACAUUGGAAACAAAAAAAGUAAUGAAGUUAUGGAUAUAUUUGACAAAGAACAGUCAGAAUUAAGUGCAAAUGAAAGUGAUGAUGAAGUAAAAGUUGUUGAAUUAAAAGUUGAACCAAUAGAAAUUGAUGAUAGCGGUAGUGAGGAGGACAUUUUAAAUCAUGGGAAAAAUUUAAGUAAUGAAAUUCCAAAAAUUGUAAAAAAUAAAAGGAAGCAAAAACCAAAGCAAAAUGUCGAAAAUCAUGUGCCUCAAGGAGAAGAUGAAAAAGAAAAUAAAGAAAUGUUGAAAGUUUUUAAAAUGGAAGAAGCGGAACGCAGCAAUAGGAAAAUUUUUAACUCUAAGAGACCCGUACCAUGUCCAGUUUGCAAUAAAAUACUUUCCAGAACAGAUAAUAUGAAGUCACAUAUGGAGAUUCAUAAUAAUAUGUGUAUAAUAUGUAAUAUAAACUUUGAGUUAAGAAAAGAUUUUACAGAGCACAUGAAAGAAGUUCACAAUCGCGUUAUAAAAGCUAAAGAUAUUUGCGCUCUUUGCGACCAAAAAUUUAAAAGCCGAAUAGAAUACAAUGCUCAUAUAAAGAAUGAACAUGGAGUAAUCAUUGAUUUGGUUCACAUAGACAAUACAAGAAAAAAUCGACCAAGGGUAGAGAGAAAUCUUCACUGCAAAGAAUGUAACAUAAGGAUGAAAAAUGAACAGCUUUUUAUGCUGCAUAUGCAAAUUCAUGAAAAUCGAAAAGAAAACGAGUGUGUUUUAUGUAAUAAACUAUUUGAAAAUGUAGACGCCGUGUUGGAACACUACGGUAGUUUUGACAAAAAUAAGGAUGAUGACCAUUAUAUCAAAAUGCGACCGUUUUCCUGUCAUCUUUGUGUUGUGAGAUAUAAAAAUAGAAGAGAUUUAACUGAUCACCUAGAUGUGCAUGCAGGCAAACGAAGAUAUUUGUGUCCGCUUUGUGGAAAACAAUUUUCCAAAAAAUGUAAUAUGCAAACUCAUGUUAAGCUCCAUGAUAAAGUUUAUCAUUACUGUUGCAAUAAAAAAUUUCGGAAAACCAUUGAAUUUGAAACCCAUCAAAGAAAAGUUCAUGGAGAAAAUAAUCUUGUGUGCAAUGUGUGUAGUAGAUCAUUUACUAGAAGAGACAAUUUAAAGGCUCAUAUGCAAACUCAUUUGAAAUGGAUAUGUAAAUUAUGCAGCACAAAUUUUGAGUUUCGUAGAGAGUUUAAUAAGCAUAUGAGAGAUGUUCAUAAUAAAUUAAAAAACCAUAUUUGUUCAAUAUGUGGUAGAAAUUUUAUAUUGCGCUAUAAUUAUAAUAAACAUAUGGAAACUCAUAAUAGAAUAAAAGAUAAAUGCGUUUCUUGUGAAAAAGAAUUUAGAAAUCGCAGAGACUACAAUGCGCAUAUGAGAAAUAUUCAUGGUGAACUUAUAAAUGUACAAAGAAAACAAAAUAAAACGAAUUCCCGAGUAAAAAGUAAUACAAAUUUCUGGAUAAUGGUUUUACCUUCAUCAAAAAUUGAUAAAUUGCUACAGUUACUUAGUUCUUCUGAAGACGAAUUAGAAGGGUUGGAUGACGACGAAGAAUUAUUUGAGGAAGAAGAAGGAAUUAAUGACCAAACCACUAACAGCACUUCAGAAAAAUCUCAUCAAACAGUCGAAUUGUUGGAGAAUGUGAGUGCGAAAAAAUCAAGUAAUAAUAAAAAUAAUGAUACAAAUGUCGAGGUGAAAGUUGUGGAACUAGAGGUUGAGCCAAUAGUGAUUAUAGAUAGUGAAGUUGAGAGUGAACAAAGAAAUAGCUUUGAGAAGGAUAACGACUCAGACUUUUAUUUUAAAUGGUCAGAAAACGAAGAGUUGGAGCCUAAGGAAGUCAAAAAAACUAGGCGAAGAAGAAAAAGAAGAAAACCCAAUGAUAAGGGUGAAAAUCAACAAAACUCUGAGAAAAAACUAAAACGACAUGUCGGUAAAUAUACUCCUAGGAUGGUUAAAAACAGGCCAAGAGUUGACAGGAAUUUGAAAUGCAAUGAAUGUGAUCAAAGAAUGAAAAAUGAACAGCUGUUUAUGCUUCAUAUGCAAAUCCAUAAUGGACGAAAGGAAACUGAAUGCGUUUUAUGUAACAAAAAUUUUGAUAACGUUGAUGGUGUUUUAGAACAUUAUGCAAGUUUUGACAAAGAUAAAAAAAAUGAGCACUAUAUAAAGUUUAGACCGUUUGCUUGUCAUUUAUGUGUAGUUCGAUAUAAAAAUAGAAGAGAUUUAACAGAUCAUUUAGAUAUUCAUGCAGGUCAAAAAAAAUUUUUGUGCCCACUUUGUGGAAAACAAUUUGCUAAAAGAUUCAAUAUGAUGACACACAUCAAAGUUCAUGAAAAAUUAAAUUACUAUUGUGAACGUUGCAAUAAAAGAUUUCGUAAUAUAAGGGAACAGGAGACUCAUCAAAGAAUGGUUCAUGGGGAAAAUAAACUUGUUUGUUCUAUUUGUAAUAAAACGUUUCUUAGAAGAGAUAAUCUUAAAGCACAUCUGGAAACUCACGAUAAUGAAUGUUCUGUUUGUAAUGCAAAAUUUAAUACUCGAAGAGAUUUAAAUCAACAUAUGAGAGAAUCUCAUGACCGUGCAAAAAAAUUUGCUUGUUCUUUUUGUGGAAAGGAAUUUUUAUUGCGUUAUAAUUAUACAAAACAUUUAGAAAGUCAUAACAGAGUAAAAGAUGUUUGCAACAUUUGUGAUAAAGAAUUCAGAAAUUAUAGGGAUCAUGCGGCGCAUAUGAGGAAUAUCCAUGGAGUUGUAGUUGAGUUCCCUAAAUUUGAAGAAAUCGUAUGUCCAAUAUGUAAUCGAGGAUUUUCUAGAAGAGAUAAUAUGAAAACACAUAUGAAAACCCAUUUCAAAUGGAAAUGCGCUUCAUGUAACACAAAUUUUGAAUUUCGCAAAGAGCUAAACCAGCAUAUGGGUGAAGUACACAAUCGAAUCAAAAAAUAUCCAUGUUCAACUUGUGGAAAAGUGUUUUUAUUACAUUCUGAACUUUCCGAACAUUUCGAAUUAUAUCAUAAUUCCAUAAGUAAUAAUUGCGCUAUAUGUGAUGAGGAGUUCAAAAAUCGAAGAGACUUUGCUGCCCAUGUAAAAAGUGUGCACAGUGGUACUACGAAUGCAAGAAAAAGCAUAAAUUAAAUAAAAGAUUACAGAAAAUGAUAUUUACUAAGAUAAUUUUAUAAUUGUAGAUAAUACCAUACAUAAUACUUAUAUGAAAUAAAAUCAAACCUAUUAAAUUUAUUUUGUUUUAAAUA